AUGGAAGAAGGGAGUGUGUACGACUCAUUUCCAGAUUUGAAAGAGCUGGAAAAUAAAAUUGUGAUGAAAACUCCGGAGAGCCUGUUGAGGUGGAUGCAGGGGGAUGCUUCGCUCGGUGCUGAGUGGAGUUCUAAUCGUCCGGAGGGGAGAGACAACCGCACCAGCGACAAUCUGACCGACAAGAUCAGAAACUUGAAACUGGAGAUGGGCUGUCUGCGUGCUACAGACGUGCGGAUCCUGCACCAGCUCGUGACGGUGCAUGAGGCCAUGGAGGCUGUGCGCUGGCUGCUUGAGGAGCGUGGCACCCUGGCCAGCAGCCUGACAAGCAGCCAGUGUAGCCUGGCUGAUGGGCCUGGGUCUGGCUUGUCCCCUUGCAGAGAGGGCCUGAGUCUGGCCCUAACUAGCUGGCAGAGUCCUCUAAAUGAUGCCAAUGAAGAACCAGAAGAGUUGAAAGUACCAGAUAGCAUCUCUGGGGACAGCUACUUCCAUAUGCUCACCAAUGCAGUUUCUUGUAAUGACACAGGGUUGACACUAGAGGGGGCCUCGGACGGUGAAAUCGUGGGGGUGGAGGAACAGACCAUUCCCAGUUGUGAGGUUCUAUUGGGGUAUGACAAUCAGUGGUGCUGGGUGGAGUCUCAAGACGAUGUGACGUUUCUCUGAUGUUAGAAGUGCAAUUCAAAAGAUGCUUUAUGACAUGAAACCUUCCCUCCUCGCCUACCAAAAUUAGAUGCAAUGGUGCCAGUUGGACAUGAAGUGCCGUCCUGGACUAGGAGCGACAUUUAAAUUGACAUUAAAGUAUCCAUGGUGGACUGGAUGAAUGCUAGUAGCAUUGUUCUCUCGAGGAGCAAAAUCAAGGCGUACUCAUAUUUUGAUUUAGCUACUUUGGUUUGUCAGUUGUUGCCCUUUCGCUUUUCAAUGAAUCACCGUUGCCACUUUCAACUAGAUGUAAAUCAGAUCGAUGUCAAUCAUGUUCUCACUAUCACAUGUUUUGCUAGAGAAAGCUUAUGUAGAGGGCUCAGCAGAAAAUGCAUUGACGUUACGACAUAUCAUAAAUGGACGCAGACAUUUGACAUCUAAAAGGUCAUUAUAAGCCCAUCACAACUCCAGUGUGACACUAUAAUGAACCCUUCCUUAUCUGUUGGAUGCAAAUGUGUU